AUCAACAGCCAAAACCCUCGAGGAGAAGAAACAGCAAGAGAUGGAGAGGUGGAGAGGGUAAGCGUGAUCGACAAGCCAAAGAGAAGGGGAGAGUAGAGCGAGAGGGAAAAGGAAAGAUGAGUACGGUGGACAAGAUGCUGGUCAAGGGGAUCCGGAGCUUCAGCCCGGAGAACAAGCACGUCAUUACCUUCUUCAAGCCGCUCACUCUCAUCGUCGGCCCCAACGGCGCCGGCAAGACCACCAUCAUCGAGUGCCUCAAGCUCUCUUGCACCGGUGAACUCCCGCCCAACUCUCGCUCCGGCCACAGCUUCAUCCACGACCCCAAGGUGGCGGGCGAGACGGAGACCAAGGGGCAGAUUAAGCUGCGGUUCAAGACGGCCGCCGGCAAGGACGUGGUCUGCAUCCGCUCCUUCCAGCUCACCCAGAAGGCCUCCAAGAUGGAGUUCAAGGCCAUCGAGAGCGUCCUCCAGACCAUCAAUCCCCACACUGGGGAGAAGGUCUGCCUUAGCUAUCGAUGUGCCGACAUGGACCGUGAGAUCCCCGCGCUGAUGGGCGUCUCCAAGGCGAUCCUGGAGAACGUGAUAUUCGUGCACCAGGACGAAUCCAACUGGCCUCUUCAGGACCCUUCGACCCUCAAGAAGAAGUUUGAUGACAUAUUCUCUGCCACCCGCUACACCAAAGCUUUAGAGGCCAUAAAGAAACUUCACAAGGAACAAGCACAGGAGAUAAAAAUGUACAAGCUGAAGUUGGAGAACCUGCAAACUCUGAAAGAUGCAGCUUAUAAGCUUCGUGAGAAUAUUGCUCAAGAUCAAGAGAAAUCUGAAUUCUUAAAAGCUCAAAUAAAGGAGUUAGAGGGGAACAUUGAAGGCAUUGAGAAUAAAAUACUGCACGCAGAAACCACACUGAAGGAAUUGAGGAAGCUCCAAGAUCAGAUUUCAAUGAGAACUACUGCUAGAAGCACGUUGUAUAAACUUCAGCAGACACAAUAUGCUGCUCUUGCGGAGGAAAAUGAAGAUACUGAUGAGGAGUUGAAAGAAUGGCAAAUGAAAUUUGAGGAAAGGAUUGCAUUACUUGAAACAAAAAUUAGUAAGCUGGAAAGGGAGAUGAAUGAUGAAGAAACCAAAAGUUCCCUGCUUUUGCAGACAAUAAAUGACACGACACGUGAGAUUGGGAAACUUCAGGCUGAAGCAGACGCUCAUAUGUCUUUGAGACGUGAACGUGAUUCAACGAUCCUGAGGAUAUUUACAAAGUAUAAUCUUGGUUCUCUUCCUGAUGCCCCCUUUAGCAAUGAUGUUGCUUUGAACCUUACAAAUCGCACAAAGACAAGACUGUUGGAUGUUGAGAAGGAAUUACAAGAUAAAAAGAAAUCAAAUGAAAUGGAGCUUAAGUUUUUAUGGGAACGUUAUGUCACAGCAAAUGCUCGUUGUAGUGAAGUUGAAAGUCAGAAACAGGCCAAGAGUGAGACCAAGUUAGGCAUUUCAAAGCGCAUGAAAGAGAAAGCCAACGAGCGAGAUCUUGCAGAUCAUGAAUUGUCAAACCUUAAUCUGUCUCACAUAGAUGAAAGGGAAAGAAGCUUUCAAAUUGAGGUUGAAAGGAAGACACUUCUACUGGGAGAAAAGGACUACGAAGCCACCAUCAGUCAAAAACGCACUGAAAUGUUUAGUUUGGACCAAAAGAUCAAAGCUCUAUACCGUGAGAAAGAUAUCUUGGCCAGUGACUCUGAGGAUAGGGUGAAGCUGGAUAUGAAGAAGGAAGAGUUUGAGAGCUGCAAGAGGAAACAAAAAAAAAUAAUGGAAGAAUACAAAGAAAAAAUCAGAGGUGUGCUGAAAGGAAGAGUUCCUUCUGACAAAGAUCUCAAGAAGGAGGCCACUCAUGCCUUUGGGUCUUCAAAGAAAGAGUAUGAUGACUUGAACUCAAAAACUCUGGAAGCAGAAAAGGAAGUGAAAUUGGUGCAGAUGAAAAUACAAGAUGCUAAAAGCCACAUUUUAAAGCUUCAAAAAGAUGUGGAUGCAAAGAGAAGGUUUCUUGAUUCAAAACUCCAGGCCUUGAUCCAAGCACCGGCAGAUAUAGGUUCAUUUACCAAAGUUCUUCUUGAGGCUAUGGAGAAAAAAGAUGUUCAGAAGAGCAAAUACAACAUUGCAGAUGGUAUGCGCCAAAUGUUUGAUCCUUUUGAAAGAGUUGCUCGUGCACAUCAUAUAUGUCCUUGUUGUGAACGACCUUUCUCACCUGAAGAAGAGGAUGAAUUUGUCAAGAAGCAAAGAGUUAAAAGUGCAAGUUCUGCAGAGCAUAUGAAACUAUUGGCUGUGGAGUCUUCAAAUGCUGAUACACAUUUCCAGCAGUUGGACAAGCUCCGCAUGAUAUAUGAGGAAUAUGUUAAACUUGGAAAGGAAGCAAUCCCUUUAGCAGAGAAAAAUCUGAAAGAACUCACAGAAGAUCUCAGUCAGAAGUCUCAGGCAUUUGACGAUCUUGUAGGGGUUCUAGCUCAUGUUAAGACUGAGAAGGAUGCUGUAGAAGUUUUACUUCAACCAGUGGAAACUAUUGACCGGCUUUGGCAGGAAAUGGAGAAUUUGAAACCCCAAAUUGAAGAUUUGGAGUAUAAGCUAGAUUCUCGAGGACAAGGUGUCAGAUCUAUGGAGGAAAUUCAGCUACAGCUUAAUUCUCUGCAAAGCAAAAGGGAGUCACUGAGUACUGAUGUAGAGAAUCUGAGAGAAGAACAAAAGUUCCUCAAUGCUGAUUUGUCAAGUAUUCAAAUGAGGUGGCAUGCUCUUAGAGAGGAAAAACUGAAAGCCUCUAGUAUAUUGCACAAAGUCAAAAAAGCAGAUGAGGAUUUAGUUCUUCUAGCUGAGGAAAAUGCUCAAGUAGACCUAGAUGAGAAGCAUUUAGCAGAAGCUCUUGUUCCAUUGAUAAAGGAGAAAGAUAAAUUAUUGCAAGAUCAUGCAGAUUUAAAACUGAAACUUGAGCGAGAAUAUGACGAGCAAGCAGAAAGUAAAAGAAGUUUUCAGCAGGACAUUGAGAUGCUUAUGACACUUAGUCGUCGGAUCAAAGAGUACCUUGACUCAAAGAAAGUUGAGAAAUUAAAGGACUUGCAAGAAAAGCACACUUUGUUUGAAUCACAGCUACAGAAAUGUGAAACUAAGAAGCAGGAAAUUUCAGCUGAUUUGAACAAGAGUAAGGAGUUACUGAGAAACCAAGAUCAACUAAAAAGAAAUAUUGAUGAUAACUUGAAUUAUAGGAAGACGAAAGCUGAAGUAGAUGAACUUACUUUUGAGAUUGAAUCCCUGGAGGAGAAGGUGUUAAAUAUUGGCAGUAUGUCGAGUUUAGAAGCUGAUCUGAAAAGGCAUUUGCAGGAGAAAGAGAGACUUCUCUCCGAGCUGAAUAGGUGUCAUGGAACUCUCUCUGUCUAUCAGAGUAACAUAUCAAAGUACAAGCUUGACCUUAAACAGGCUCAGUAUAAUGACAUUGAUAGAAGGUAUUUCAAUCAGCUUAUUCAACUUAAGACAACAGAAAUGGCAAACAAGGACCUUGAUAGAUACUACAGUGCACUAGAUAAGGCUCUCAUGCGCUUUCAUACAAUGAAGAUGGAGGAAAUAAACAUGAUCAUUAAGGAAUUAUGGCAGCAAACUUAUAGGGGGCAGGAUAUUGAUUACAUAAGUAUUCAUUCUGAUUCCGAAGGUGCUGGGACUCGGUCAUACAGUUACAGAGUCCUAAUGCAGACUGGCGAUGCUGAGCUUGAGAUGAGGGGAAGGUGUAGUGCUGGUCAGAAGGUUCUUGGUUCGCUUAUUAUAAGACUGGCUCUAGCAGAAACAUUUUGUCUCAAUUGCGGGAUACUAGCACUUGAUGAACCAACUACCAACUUGGACGGGCCAAACGCAGAAAGUCUUGCUGCCGCUCUCUUAAGAAUUAUGGAAGACCGGAAGGGCCAGGAGAAUUUUCAGUUGAUAGUAAUUACUCACGAUGAGAGGUUUGCUCAGCUGAUCGGUCAACGUCAGCAUGCUGAAAAAUAUUAUCGCGUCACGAAGGAUGAACUUCAACACAGCAUCAUCGAAGCUCAAGAAAUUUUCGACUGAUUUCACAAUCCGAAGAUGAAGCUUUCUGCACCCAAAAUCUGGUCGGUCGAGAAACAUAUUUUUCCAACAACUCGAGUGGCGAGAGGAUGAAGGCGACUUUGAUGCAGCGGUAAGGCCUUUUCUUGUGGUGAAAACACGAUGUAUUCAUGGCGUCGACAAUUUUCCUUCCGGCUAAGAAUCCAUUGAUCUACACUACUUACCAACAACUGUUCUGCCUGUCGCGGUCUCUUGUGGCAGAGCGCCACAUGCGCCAAUAGUGCUUCUUUUGUACUAUAUGGAUCAGCAAUCAAUCAGUCACUUCCACA